CUUGCAGCUUCCCUUCCUUUCUUCCAAAUCGAUCAUCCGAGCGUUUCCAAAUCCGACUCGAGGAGGUUUUUGCGAUCAUCUCCUUUCCCUGUCUUUGAUUUCGUUCCUAGCCUUGUGUUGAAUUUCACCUCCGGUGAGCUUGAUCCGACGGGAUUUUCUUCUUCAAUUUCGGGCAGAUGGCAGGGGAAAGCUGCAAUCUUAAUAAGGAUGAAGCUGAAAUCCUCAAACCCUCUUCCCCUUCUCUCACUUCCUCCUCGCCGCCGCCACCACCACCCUCCCCGUCUGCUCUUUGCCUUCAGCCGAUACAAGAGCUCUCAGCUCCAAAUACACCGCCUGAGAAUUUGGGAAACCCGGUGGCCGUGGAUCUUCCGCACAAGCUGAAACUCAACGACGAGCCUCCGCCACCGUUUCGAUUCAUCAACCGCUGCUCCAGUUGCCACAAAAGGGUAGGACUUACUGACUUCCGGUGUCGGUGCGGGGAUCUCUUCUGUGUCCUCCAUCGCUACUCUGACACCCACGAUUGCCCUUUCGAUUACAAGGCCGAUGGUCGAGAGCAGAUUGCCAAGGCCAACCCGCUCAUAAGAGCUGCUAAGAUCAUCAAAAUUUGAUCUAUUGUUAUCCUCCGCGAUUUGUUUUGCUUGGUAGUUUAUAGCUGAUGUGCUUCAUCUUCUCCAAGUCUGUGAGAUUGGAGUUAAAAUAGUAUGUCGUCGUCAACCUCGAACAGCAAUAUAGCUGCAUUAUCAAUUGCUUCCACACCAUUUCCUUUAGAAGUUUGUAAUUGUGAUUACUUUUGCUUUAUCACUCCCUCACUGUUAUUUGAUAUGAUUCUUCUCUCUAGUUGGCAUAAUGAGAAGGGGUAGGCCAGGCAUGUUUUUGCAUUA